AUGGACGACUCCGCCCUGUUCAUGAAAUGGGCCAUGGACACGCUGGAGCAGGAGCACCCAGACCUAGUGGUGGCCGUCAACGGCGAGGCAGGCUUCCCCUCGCUUCAGGCGCUCCGUGAGCAGCGUCUCGUCUUCGAAGAGCUGAUUUUGGGACCCAAUCCGGCAAGCAGCGGGACCUCCUGCGAAACCACACACGGCAGCGGAGGUUUUGGUGGUAAUUUCUCGUCCCCGGCGGCCAUGGAGCACGACGUCUGGCCCCCGUCCCCGCCGACCUCGGCCAGGUGCGCUCCAAGACUUUCCGGGAACGGUGGGGUUGCGGGCACCAACCUUCCGGUGACGAGCUGGAAUUUUUGCGCCGCUUCCACGCUGCCGGCCAGUGACAGUGCACUGGACAGCGGCAGCGCAGGGGCCCGGCCUGUCGUCCCGGUCCCGGAGAUGGUGCACGGGUCCCAGCCGACGAGGAGGGCCGCCGUAAGGAGCCCCACCGGUACUGGACCCGUGUCGUCGGGGCCGCCGUACGCGCAAGACCAUAUCAUGGCGGAGCGCAAGCGCCGCGAGAAGAUCAACCAGCGCUUCAUCGAGCUCUCUACCGUCAUCCCCGGCCUCAAGAAGAUGGACAAGGCGACGAUCCUUUCCGACGCGACGAGGCACGCCAAGGAGCUGCAGGAGAAGAUCAAGGCCCUCGAGGCAGCCACCGGCCGCAGCAGCAGGAGCAUCGAAACCGUGGUGCUCGUCAAGAAGCCGCGCCACGCCGACGCCGCCGUCUCAGAUCAGAACCAGAACGGCUCGCCCUCGUCGGCGUCGUUGGGGGCGCCGGCUUCGAGGAACCCACUGCCGGAGAUCGAGGUGCGGUUCUCGGAGACCGGCGUCAUGGUGAGGAUCCUGUGCGAAGACGUCAAGGGGGUGGUGGUGAGGGUGCUGUCGGGGGUGGAGGAGGGGCUCCACCUCACCGUCACCCACGCCAAUGUCAUGCCCUUCACGGCCUGCACUCUCAUCAUAACCAUCACAGCCAAGGUGGAUGAGGGCUUCACCGUUACAGCAGAGGAGAUCGUGGGAAGACUUAACUAUGUGCUGGAAUUGCAUAGCAGCUGCACUUCUACCGAAGAAAAAUGA